AUGGUCCACACUUCCUGUAAAUAAAUUUUGACAGACGUCGAAAGAUUAGCAAUCACAAAUAAUUCAUAACAAUUGAUUGUAUGGAAAUUUUACGUUUUCUGAUAUCUCAUAUUUCGCGUGGCCAAAACAACUUAUGAUACCCGAAUGUCAAACGGUUUGAAGAAUGCAAUUAUUUCAGUCAGAUGAUCAUUAUAUUUUGCAUGAUGGAGAUUUUUCAUUGUGGUGCUGUCGAAAAUCUGGAGCUCUUGAAGCGAAAAAAGGAGAUGAUAUUUGUUUGGCAUGGAAUCCAGUCUGCAUAGGACUUGUAUACGGAGUAAUUGGAAAGAUAAAAAUCCAUCCAGAAGAUGAUUGGCGAUUGAUUUUGAUAAAGCAAAGAUCACUUGUGGGAAAUGUACUGGAAAAAGAAGAGAUUUACAAAGUGAAUAAAAUUGUGAUUGUUCCUCUCUCUGAUGCAGAACCCCAGGAAUUAGAUCUGGAUCUUUGCAAUGUACAUCAUUUUGGAAUUAGAAAGCCGAAAACAAUAGCCCAAAGUGGAGUUCAACAGAAACAGUUACAGAAUGCUUGGAAAUCAAUCAAAUCAGGAAUGGAAAAUGUCAAGCCAAAGAAGAAAGAGGCGAAAGACAAGGACAAGUUUGUAAGAAGAAUAACAGAGGAGUUAUUGAAGAUGUUCACCGACUCGGACUCAUUCUACUACAGCGAGACCUUUGACCUUACUACCAGUUUGCAGCGACAACAUGGGAAGGAGUGCCUGUCAAACAGACAUCUCCCUCUUUGGCAGCAGGUUGAUCCCCGAUUCUUCUGGAACAGGCACAUGCUGAGUGACCUGAUCAAUGUAGAGGGGGAUCCAGAGGUUGAGAAACUGUAUGCCCACUGGAUCACCCCUGUAAUCCAGGGCUAUGUGCAGGUAGAAAACUGUGUGUUGGAUUUUACCCAGUCUUCCACUGCCUCACUGGAUCUCAGUCCGGAUUAUGGAAAUUCCAAACACUUAGAUCCACUGGAGUAUCAACUAGGAAUCAUCUCUAGGAGGAGCAUACACAGAGCUGGUACAAGAACAAAGAUGCGAGGAUUAGACGAAUCAGGAGCGUGCGCAAACUAUGUGGAGACAGAACAGAUCAUACAAUUUUCACAUCAUGUAGUGUCCUUCCUACAAAUUCGAGGUUCCAUUCCUGUGUUUUGGAGUCAAUCGGGCUACAAGUACCGACCUCCACCACGCCUCAGCAAGGGUUUUAAGGAGACCCAUGAGGCUUUCUGCAGACACCAGGAUGAACAACUCGCUCUGUAUACAACCAUUUCCAUCAUUAAUCUUGCAGAACUUAGUGGCAAGGAGAAGGAAAUCAGUGAUGCAUAUCUUAAUCAUAUUGUCGAGUUCAACUCGCCUCAUAUCACGUAUACCUCAUUUGAUUUUCAUGAGCAUUGUCGUGGUAUGAAGUUUGAGAAUGUCUCAAUAUUGACUGAUGGCGUCAGUGACAUGAUCAAAGACAUGCGAUACUGCUGGUUGAACAAGAACAACACAAUUUGUGAACAAAGAGGAGUGUUCAGAGUCAACUGUGUGGACUGCCUUGAUAGAACCAAUGUCAGCCAAACAGCCAUAGCUAGAAUCGUCAUGGAAACACAAUUGAGAAAACUUGGAGUUCUACCACCUGAUGAAAUUCUUCCCACAAAUUGUAAGAAGAUUUUUCAGCAGCUUUGGGCCAACAAUGGUGAUGCCAUCAGCCGGCAGUAUGCUGGAACUGCUGCACUGAAGGGGGAUUAUACACGGACAGGUGAAAGAAAAUUGACAGGCAUGAUGAAGGAUGGUGUUAAUUCAGCCAACAGGUAUUAUCUGCGAUUCAGAGACAGCAAUCGUCAGGCUACCAUUGACCUGAUGCUGGGUCAGCUGGUCAGCACUGAUGCCAUGAUGCUGUCCUCAGAUAAACUUGACACCCCAGGGGAGGAGGAGGAGGAGGACACCAAUGAGCUGUUAGAGAAGGAGGAAAACCUCAAACUAUUGCUGGAGGAUGCCAAGAAAAUGUUGAUCAUCGAGCCGGAGCAAUGCAUGGGGGGCUGGAGUCUUAUCAAUGCAGAUCCUCAGAGCGGUGACGAAGACCGUCUGGAUAUGGACAUCAUCCUCCUCCUCAGUCAGAGGUCGGUGUACGUAGCAUGGUACGACGAUGAGGAAGAACAGAUUGUCCAGUAUCAGAGAAUCUUCUUAGAGGACAUUGUCAAGAUGGAAAUAGGUGCAGAGCCUUCGAUUUUUAAAUCUAAGUUUGUGUGUCUGAGGCUUCACUACCAGCACUAUACUGAGGACGGUUUCUUCCACACGUUCAGAAUUCCUCGCACCAGACUCUUCAACAACAUGAUCAUUGCUGUCAAAAACACGGAAGAUGCUAAAGAGAGCCUGAGAGCUAUACACCAAGCUUUUGCUGCUGCCCAAGAAAUCCUGUCUCUAAAACUAGAACUGGAAACUAGAACCAAGUUAGACAGAAAGAAAUCAAAACUUCACCCUGAGAUUCAGAACAUCUACAAAGAACAGCAAGAGAAAACACUGACUAAUCUACAUGUACCAAGAGACGUCUCCUCAGGAGACUUAAACAAAUUGUCCGGGACAAGCUCACCAAGGUCAAGGUCACUUAGAGGAAGUCCUAGGUCAACUAGUCCUGUGGUACCAUCUCCAAUCAACAGUCCCAGUCAGGCACGGAAGAAUCUGUUUCCCAACUUCGUUAACAUAACCAAGAGUAUCAGCUCUGGGUUAAAACUACCCAAAAUUAGUCUGCCAAAACUGGACAAGAGAGAAGAGGCACAGGUGGAUGACGAGGAGGUUGGAGAUUUACAGGAAAACAGGAGCGACAACUCAAAUCGUCGGUCUCGACUCAGCUCCCAUGGGAGUCGAGAUGACAGCGAGAUUGAGAUAAAAGAUAGAAGUUCUCAUGAUAUGGAUGACAUGGUUCUCGCUUCCUGUGGAAUUUUAGAGACUCACAAAAUGUCAAACACAGAAGGUCCACAAAAACACAAAGCAAAUUCUCAUUCUGAGACUGACAAACAAGAUGAAGAAAAGUCAUCUUCAAGGACCAAAUUCAGUAAAAUUCUUAAAAUACGAACACCAAGUAGUACAACCAGAAAAAUGCACAGAAUCCUGGAAGGCAUUCAACAAGAGCUUCAGUCCAAGAUAGGAGAUAGGGAAUGUUACACUCAGUUCAUAUUUUUAUGAAAGUAUAGUGAAUUAAGCUUUAAAAGUCUUAGUUCUGUGGCAUUUUGAGGUAUUAUCUUCUGAAGAUUUUUUUUACGCUAUAAAUUUUUAUUUUUUGUUUUUUACUUUCGUUCAGUCUGUGAUAUACCUGAACAUUAAAAAUCACAAAUGCAUGUAACUUUUUUUAAAAACAUGUAUACAUGUUUUGUUCAUUGUAUUUUGAUUCACAAAUUGAAUAUACAAUUGAUAAUUUUAAUGAGGAAAAAAGAAUGAAGACAUUUCUUUGACAGCUAGUCUAUAUAUUGUCAUAAAGUAUCUAUAUAAAUGAUUUCAAAAAUCUCUUAAUGGCUUUAGAUGUUGUAAAAAAGUUUCCUAAAAAAAUAUGAUAUUAAAAUGUUCAAACAACGAAGUUUUGAAUUCACAACGAAAAUUUAUAUACAACUAAAGUGAAUUUCCUAAUUUGGUGUGACAAUAUAGCAAGCAUAAAUUAUGAAUCUGAAACUUCAUUAAUUCAGGGUGGUUUUUUUUUUUCAAAUUAAAAAUUUUCAAGGAUGUGCAAUAUUACUGAUGUGUGGUAGAUAUGUCGACAUAUAUAAUUCCUCAAUGUUGGUUAUUUUAUGGUACUGCUUUACAAACUCCAUUUUGUACAAUGUUUGGAAGUACAUAUGUAGUUUAAAUAUAAAGUGGGUUUUUUUUUUUCUUAUUUAGAAAUAAUCAAUGGUUGGAGUGUGAUUGUAUAAUUAGGAUGAAUUUUGAUUAUUGGUCCACCUGAGAUCUUAUCUCUGUGCCAUCUUACAACUAGAGUAACGGUCAGUGUUUUCUUACACUACUGUAAAUGUGGGCAUGUCUGAUUAUUGUUAAUUAUACGUAUUUCCUUUUCAAACCAUACAUGUAGGAUUUAAUUACACAAUGUCAGCAUUAAGAAUUAAUAAGGUACAUAACUAUGGAAAUAAUGGGAGUGGGGGUAAUUUACAGGAAUAUCUUGUAUUUAGUGUAAAUAAACCCCACUAGUAAAUUUUCACAUUUACAGUAUUUUAGAUAUUUUAUAUGUUAUUUAGUGCUAUGUCUUGAAUUAAGAAUGCUAUCUUGUACCCAAGGUGAUGGAAAAUAGAGCUGCACAAUAGACAUGGAUGACCAACAUCGUUUUCUCGCGAAUUUUUGGAUACGGUCAUCUUCAAAAUUCAUAAUCUGUUGUGUUGUCGGUUAAAUUCAUUAUAGAAAUAGAAUACAGUCCAUUAUAUUUUCCACAUGUGAAUGAAGGUUAAUAUGUGCUUAGACUAUUUAAAGUUUACUUAGCUUUGUGGUUCAGAAUAUAAGAAAUUAUUCCAGGCGCAUCGUAUGAACUAAAACUUAUUCUGUUAAUCGUAAGUACUCUAUCAUUCCAACACAGUUUGGUAUUUUAAGAUGUCAUUUCUUCAAAAAAAAUAUUUCCAGAACUCUUUGCCCUAGC